CUUAAUUUGAGGGCUGAGGGAAUAGGGUGUGUCUUUUAAGCGUUUGGAACGAAGCGGUAGGAGAAAAAAAGAUGGCGCUGCCCAUGUUAAGAGGUUGCAACUGUAGCAGACUGCCUUCAGUACUGAGUCGUUUCUUGAAACCCGAGCACGGUGUGCUUCCCCGGCCCAACAAGACCACCCGCCUGGCUCCUACUUUGUCCGGUGGUGUUGUGUCCACCGUCCGACCUUACAGCUCUGAUCGAGGUGGAGGUAAACAAAACCAGAAGGUGGUUGUGCUCGGCAUCCCCAACCCUUUAAUAUGGUUCCGAACCCGAUUAUACUACUUUUUGAUUCGGGUUUAUUUAGACAAGGAAUUCAACAUCGAAGAAUUCACAGAGGGAUCGAAACAGGCAUUCUCCCAUGUUUCAAGACUAUUGUCAGGCAGUCAAUUUGAGUCGCUUGAAGGUCUGGUUGCUAAAGACCUGAUUGCAAAACUGGAAGAGAAAUGUGCUCUGCUCCCUCCAAGUCACCUGCAAGCGCUUUCUGCAGAUCUGGAAGACUUGGUGUACACAACACCAGGGGAUGUUGGCAUCUAUUAUGAUGAUGAUGGGCGGAAGUUUGUCAGUAUUCUGAUGAGAUACUGGUAUCUGACAAGUGCCCGGUUGCCUGAGGAAUCAUUGGAGGGAACACGUAUCUUUCAGGUGGCCAUAGGUGGUGAGGGUGAGCCGGAGACAAAGAGACUGCUCACAGCCAGCUAUGAAUUCCAAAGGGAGUUUACUAAGGGGGUGUUGCCAGACUGGACCAUCACCAGGAUAGAACACUCGAAGCUGCUGGAUUAAACUUGGAUUGAAUGGAGAUGGAGAGUGGUAGAGAAGCAGGAAACAGAAGACCAUCCUUCCUGCUCACCCUAUGAGAAUAUCCCCCCCCCACCUGCUAAAAUCUUGAUGGCCCUCAGGAGCAAAACGACUCUCAAAGCCAAGACCAGGAGAGACAUGGGGAAUAUUUGAGGCCAACUUUCUAUCUGCCAGAAGUCAUAUACUAUCCGCUGUAGAAAAAGUACAAAAGUCAAACAUGUCUCUUCGUAGUUUACUACUGUUCAGACAUCCAUGCAAGACCAGUUGUUCCCACUUGUCUCAGGCAGCACUGCAAUCUGUGGUCCAAACUAGGCUUUGUUUGUCAGCUCUGCUUUUAGAGCCUGAGAUUCUUCCUUCUGUUCAAUGGGGAGGGUAGACAAGGGACAACUGUCACACGUUCUCCUAAACAUUUGAGUGAAGUUGAAAUGUAUAGACUAAAUUCCCCCCCCCCAAAAAAAAAGAAAAUACAGGUUUAAUAUAUUCUCUCUCUCAAAGGUUUUUAAUCCCCCCACACCCCAGUUCCCUAACAGCUGCCCCUCAACCAUCUGAGGAAAAAUAAAAUAAAAGCCAGUGCAAUAAACUAAAGACAUCAAGGGCAACUGAAUAUGUUUGAGUGCAUGUAUGGCGUUAUCUACGUGUUUGUGUGUGCAUUUGAAUGAGUGUGUAUAUGCAUGUGUACAAACACCUGCACGACAUCAGCCUCAGGAAAACAGGAAUUAGCUGUAACAACACUGCCCCUCGGUGUCAUUCAAACUUUUUGUUUUAUUUUGACUUAAAAGUUUAAAAAAAAUAUCUUUGACCAUCAUUCUAUCCUCUGCCCAGCAAGUCCAAUCCCACUUGUCUACAAUUCCACAUCCCUCAGCCCUUAUUUGAGCUGUUCUUGAUAUAAUAUAGAUGUGGUCUUUUACCAAAUUGGGCAAUCUUCUGUAUACCACCCCUACCUUGUCACAACACAACCAAUUGGCUCAAAUGCAUUAAGAAUUAUAUAAAUUCCACAAAUUAACUUUUAAGAAGUGACUACCUCAGGAAGCUGGUUGAGAGAAUCUCAAGAGUGUGCAAAGCUGUCAUCAAGGCAAAGGGUGGCUAUUUGAAGAAUCUAGAAUAUAAAAUGUUUUUACUUGUUUAAAGCGUUUUUGGUUACUACAUGAUUCCAUGUGUUAUUUUAUAGUUUUGAUGUCUUCACUAUUAUUCUACAAUGUAGAAAAUUACUAAUAAAGAAAAAC